UUUUAUUAUUUUAUUUUGUUCCAGGACUUAUUGCCGUAAGAAAUUUCAAAUCCGUGAAGCUAUUACCACUUGCCAAAUAUCGCAAAGUCAGACUUAACUUUUCUUCGGGCGAUAUUGUUUUAAAUUUUUUUUCCUAAACAUUCUAGAGAAGAAGCGUGGACAUUGGACAUUGAUCGCUUGAACCCUUACUGUUGCAGUGAAAAAGUUAUCCGCAUCUUUAUAUGCGCCUUUAUUAUUCUGAAAUUUGCUAAAACGUAUCCCUCAGGGAUACGACGUCUUUAUUGAGAACACCAGUACCCUAUUGGGAAAUAGGGAUAAUGGGAUACGACGAUUUUAUUGAGAACUCCUGCAUUUAAUUGCCUCUUGUGUAAAUCGCGGACAGAUCCUGUUGUGGGUCCCACGGGGAAAUGGAUCAAUUAUGCAAUGUAAAACGGUUUACGCACAUACCUCAGUUUUUAUAAUAGCGGUAAAUACUCUAUGUUACCACAUGUCUACAAAUAGUUUACGAAAUAUUCAAAAUGUUAUAGUCUGGCAUCUUUACUUUCAUUUUGUUUAUUUACAUUUGCUGAAGUUGUUGAAAGCGGUGCAAAAGAUUUUUUCAGAUUUUAUUUUAAAAAAUAAACAAAAUGCGUACAUGUUUUGUACCCUUUUGUGAUAGUAAAAAUAAGGAUCAACCUAAUAGAACCAUGUUUACAGUGCCUAAGGAACCCGUACUAUUUGCACAAUGGGCAGACCUUUUACCAAAAGUACGUACUUUAAGAUCUAUUGAUAGAGUAUGCUAUUUGCAUUUUCGCCCAGAAGAUGUUGUCUAUACAUUUGAUCAUUGCAUCAAUGGUCAAAUAUUUAAAAUACAUAGAGAUAGACCUAGAUUAAAGCCGGAUGCCUUGCCAUGUUUGGAAUUGACCACCAAAGAGGAACUGCUUUCGUACAAAGUAAAAAAUCGACUACCGACAAACCCUAAAGUAAUAAAAGUAAGUGAAAAUACGAUAGCAGAUCAAAUUUAUGAUCUUAUUACGGAGGAACAGUCACCAACAAAUGAACCCAAAUUUAACACCGAAGAAAUUGAUGAAAUUCCACAACCGUUAGAAGACAACAACUGUAGCAUUAUAGUAAAUUUCGAAGAACAUAGCGAAAAUAUUACGAAUCAAGAACCAUUAACAAAUGAUGAACAGGAGAAUCAAAUAAUUGCUGAUUUAAUUACAGAAGAAACUAACUACGAAUGUGAGGAAACCCUUAACGCUACCAAACAACAUUUAGCUUUAAAUAAAAUACUGGAUUUAUUUAAUUUACUCUAUGACAAUGUGUAUGAAGUUAUAGCGCCCAAUACUCUCUGGGGUAUACACCGCUGUCCCAAUCGUUCGCUCAUAUGUUUUACUUAUAUGGAUGUAAUGAAAUUGCAAGUUAGCAAAAUGAUUUCUAUAACACCCGAUGGUUUAGUGCAAUUGAUUUUCCAUAGUAGUAUAAUUAAAACUCUCCAGUUGGUGCAGGAUAUUGAUGAUUUCGACAGUAUGUCGGUGUUAUUAAAUCAAGUGGAUAUGUGGCGUUUGUGUUUUGGUAAGCUAACGGAUUCGAAUGCAGAAUGUGAAAUUAUUGUGGAGCCAAACGAUGACAACAGUUGGAGUACUGAUGAGAAUGAUCAGGUAUUUUUGUGUAAACAAUGUUUGCAAGCGAGCAAAGAUGAUAUCGAGAUGAAUUUAUAAUAAAUUGGAAGAUUAAGGA